CACAAAGGUCAUCAGAGAGUACAGGAUGACUGUACACGUGUUUGGAAAUAGCCCGUCUCCCGCCAUAGCAAUUUAUGGCCUCCGGAGGGCGGCUCUGGCUACACAAGAGGAGUACAGUGAAGAGGCCAGACAGUUUGUUCUUAAAAACUUUUACGUUGAUGACGGACUGGCUUCCUUUCCUUCAGACGCCAGUGCCAUUCAAACCCUGAAAAGCACCAAAGAAAUGCUUGCAGACUCUAACAUUCGCUUGCACAAAAUAGCCUCCAAUAGCCCAGAUGUUAUGGAAGCGUUUCCAUCGGAAGAACGUGCAAAGGGACUGAAGAACCUUGACCUUGGUGCUGAGCCCCUGCCCUUACAGAGAAGUUUAGGGCUGAACUGGGAUUUGCAAAAUGACUGUUUCACCUUCCUCGUGUCAAGAGAAGACAAGCCAUUCACAAGAAGGGGUAUUCUUUCUGCUGUUAACAGUUUUUAUGAUCCCCUUGGGUUUGCUGCCCCCAUCAUCAUGCAAGGCAAGGCUCUCAUCCGAGAAUUGUGCUCAGAGAACUGUGAAUGGGACACUCCAUUACCAGCAGAAAAAGAGGCACGAUGGAAAUCUUGGAAAAACUCGCUUGUUGACCUUGAGAAACUACAAAUCCCUAGACAGUAUGUGAACACGACAUUGCAAGCUACCUGUCAAAAAGAGCUGUGUGUGUUUGCAGACGCUUCUACAUCAGCCAUAUCAGCAGUUGCUUACCUGCGAGCCAUAGACACCGAAGGUCAUGUCCACAUAGGCUUCUGUAUGGGCAAGUCCAAAUUAGCUCCUAGACAAGUCCACACAGUACCUCGCUUGGAGCUAUGUGCUGCAGUUCUGGCAGUGGAGCUGGCAGACAUGUUACUGGAUGAACUUGACUUCGAAAUUCACAAAGUGAAAUACUACACUGAUAGCCGAGUAGUCUUAGGUUACAUCCACAACACCAGCCGGAGGUUUUACGUCUACGUCGCCAACCAUGUUGCUCGCAUCAGAAAGUCAUCUGAACCCAGUCAGUGGCACUUUGUAAGCACGGAAAGCAAUCCUGCUGAUCAUGGAACACGGUAUGUGCCAGCUUCACUACUGAGUUCUACCAAUUGGUUUACUGGUCCCGACUUCUUGAGGAGAAGUGAUGGAGAGUGUCUUGCGGAAUUAAACAGCUUUCAACUUGUUGAACCAGCCACAGACUCUGAAGUCCGCCCACAAGUCUCAACAUUUGCAACCACGACUGUGACAAAAUCGCUUGGCUCACACAGGUUUGAGCGCUUCUCCAGUUGGAAACGUCUUACCCAAGCUAUCGCCAAACUCAUUGGAAAGGCGAGAUCUAUUUCAAAAGCUCCCGAGUCAGAGGAAUCUAAGAUGGAUGCUCUAACACAAGCAAAGUUAGCUAUUGUGCAAACUGUUCAAGGCGAGAUAUUUGAAAAGGAAAUAAAAACUUUGAACAAAGGGGAGGUCAUAUCAAAACACAGUCCACUGAAGAAUCUGAAUGUGUUUUUGGAUAAAGAAGGACUGGUGCGAGUAGGAGGACGUGUGACCUCUGCUGAAAUAACUCAAGAACAAAGUCAACCCAUUGUCAUUCCUAAGAAGCAUCACAUUGCUACCUUGCUUGUCCAGUUCUAUCACGAACAGGUUGUGCACCAAGGUAGACACAUCACAGAAGGAGCCAUCAGGUCUGCUGGACUGUGGAUCCUUGGAGGAAAAAGGUUGGUGACAAAUCUUAUCACCAAAUGCACAACCUGCCGCAGGUUAAGGGGCAAAGUACAACAACAAAAGAUGGCAGAAAUUCCAGCCGAUCGUCUCAUCCAAACUCCUCCUUUCACAAAUGUCGGAGUGGAUGUGUUUGGACCAUGGAACAUCUGUACUCGCAGGACAAGAGGUGGAGUGUCAGAGAACAAACGCUGGGCAGUAAUGUUUACCUGUUUAGUUACUCGUGCAGUUCACAUCGAGGUAGUUGAGUCUCUCUCAACUUCAAGUUUUAUAAAUGCUCUCAGAAGGUUCCAGGCCAUAAGAGGCCCCACCAAGUUCUUUAGAUCAGAUUGUGGAACGAACUUCGUUGGAGCGUGCAAAGAGCUCCAGAUAAGUUCAGAAGAUCCUGAGCUUCAAUCCUACCUCAAAAAUGAGUCAUGCUCUUGGAAGUUUAACCCACCUCACUCCUCUCACAUGGGAGGAGUGUGGGAAAGAAUGAUUGGAGUGGCCCGACGUAUUCUGGAGGCUAUGUUGCUGAAAGUUCACUCUCCAAAUCUGACUCACGAAGUACUUGUGACGCUCAUGGCAGAGGUAACAGCCAUAAUGAAUGGUCGUCCAUUAGUACCUGUGUCUUCCGAUCCUCAACAACCCGACUUGCUGACGCCAGGGGCCCUUCUUACACAGAAAAUCUGUCCCGUCUCUAUUCCACCUGGAGACUUCGAUCCUAAAGACUUGUACCGUAAGCAAUGGAAACAGGUGCAAAGUCUUGCCAACUCAUUCUGGAAACGAUGGCGAGAAGAAUAUCUAGCAACGCUUCAACCAAGAAGAAAAUGGCAAGCAGAUCAUACAAACUUAACCAUCGGUGAUGUUGUUCUCCUAAAGGACACUCAGGUUAAAAGAAACGAAUGGCCUACUGGACUUAUUGUGAACACUUACCCUGGUCGAGAUAAGAGAGUACGGAAAGUAGAUGUACGAAUAAUUAAAGAAGGUACUGCUAAGGUGUACACAAGACCUAUUUCAGAAAUUGUGUUGUUAGUUAAAGGUUAAUAGUGUUAUAGCAGUAUACCAGGCGGGGAGUGUGCUGCCCCCUUGUGGGAAGAGUUGUUUGUGUUUUGAGUUUCGUGCAUUUUGUCCACGUAUAGAUUCCGUAGUUCAGUGAUUCUCCUAACAGUCUCACAGCAAGUCGAUCUCCAGUGUGUUAAAGUCUGUAAAUCAUUAUUUUGGUUCCCAAAAAGAUCUGUCUUUUUACAGUCCUUCCAGUAAACACACCAACUGAACAAGAAGCUUCCUGGUUCUUUAUUGGAGAUUGUUAGCUAUCUGUAAAGCUAGUUCACACACACUAGUGAAGGCAGAAUAGCAUGUAUUGAGUUUAUACAUAGGCCUAUUAG